CAACUACGACAAAACCACAAAGCCCGUGCGACUGGGUUCUAAAACCUAAAUAGCCGUAACGUGUAACGAGAGCCUAUUCUCUCCGCCGGAUCCUGCACCGCCACCACCAUGACCAAGUUCCGAAAGCUCGGCCGCCCCGCUGCCCACCGGGUCUCCAUGCUCAAGACCAUGGUCUCUCAAUUGGUGAAGCACGAACGCAUCGAAACCACCGUCGCGAAGGCAAAGGAAGUUCGUCGUGUUGCAGAUAACAUGGUGCAGCUUGGAAAAGAGGGGACACUUGCCGCUGCACGUCAUGCUGCUGCUUUUGUUCGUGGUGAUGAUGUCCUUCAUAAGUUGUUUACGGAGCUCGCUUAUCGCUAUAAAGACCGAGCAGGUGGGUAUACAAGAUUACUUCGGACUCGCAUACGAGUUGGAGAUGCUGCACCUAUGGCAUACAUUGAAUUUGUUGACAGGGAAAAUGAACUCCGAGAGGCUAAACCCCCGAACCCCCAACCACCUCAGAGAGUCCCUCUUGAUCCAUGGACAAAGUCCCGUGCUAGCCAACAAUGGGCUUCGCCUAAAGAGAAUCAGAACUCUGGAUCAGAAACUCAAUAAGUUCCGUUUUGAUGCAUUUUUGGUAAAAUAGAAUUUCUUUGCUUCAAAGAAAUUUUGUAACUUAGCAAUUCAGAGAAAAGGAUGCUAAAUGCUUAUAGAGAAUCAGCUUAUUUAUAUGGUGAUAAGUCAUAAUUUGUAAGUUGUCGCAGUUGGUAAUCCAAAAGAUAUUCUGUCGGUUGUGGCUUA